CGCGUCAGGGGGCCGGCUCAGUGGCUGCCGGGGGCCCUGUGUUUUCUGAUCUAGCCGCCGCUCCUGCGCGCGGCCGCGGGGCCGUGGGCACCCGAAGAUCGGUGACCAGCGCUUCCAAGGUUGGGGCGUUGUCUCCUGCGCCGGCGUCCCCCGAGGCCGACUCUGGCAUGAUCGACUCGGUGAAGCUGCGCCGCAAUAGCGCGGCGGACUUCUUCUCGCACUACGAGUACCUUUGUGCGCUGCAGGACUCUGUGCCGCUGCCCUCCGUGCGCGCUUGCUUGCGGGAGGGCGUCCUGGACUUCAACGCCGAUCGCCUCCGCGUAGUGGACUGGGCGCCCCUUCUGAGCACCCUCAAGGUUAAUAAAGAUCUGCCCCUGAUCUCGAUCAAGAGCUUCUUCCAGCCGUGGCUUGGCGAAACCGCUUCUGACAGAAAUAAAGUUUGCAGAAGCCGUGUUCCGGCAAUAAGAAACAAAGAUGUGACCUUCCAGUUGUGUAAAGCUCUUAAAUGCUGUUUAAGUGCAUCAAGUGCUCUAAAGAACCUGGAGCUAAAUGGACUAGUUCUGAGAGAGAGAGAUUUAACUAUUUUAACAAAGGGAUUGAAUAAAUCUGCUACUUUGGUGCACCUGUCUCUUGCAAAUUGUCCUAUUGGAGAUGGAGGUUUAGAAAUUAUUUGUCAAGGUAUAAAGAACUCUAUCACUCUUAAGACAGUAAACUUCACGGGGUGUAAUCUGACAUGGCAGGGAGCAGAUCACAUGGCCAAGAUCUUAAAGUAUCAGACCAUAAGGAGGCAUGAAGAAACCUGGGCUGAGAGUCUUCGAUACAGAAGACCUGACCUUGACUGUAUGGCUGGCUUGAGGCGCAUCACUUUGAAUUGCAACACACUCAUUGGUGACCUUGGUGCAAAUGCUUUUGCAGAAUCUCUUAGUGAGGAUCUGUGGCUUAGAGCACUUGACCUGCAGCAGUGUGGCCUUACCAACGAAGGAGCAAAGACUUUACUAAAGGCCCUUGAAACCAAUAGAACUCUAGUUGUUUUGGAUAUAAGAAAAAAUCCACUUGUUGAUCACUCCAUGAUGAAAGCAGUUAUCAAAAAAGUUCUCCAAAAUGGAAGGAGUUUCAAGUCAGAGUACCAGUGGAUAACUUCUCCAUCAACAAAGGAACCAUUUAAAACUGCUAAACAGAAAAGGAGAACUAUAGUUCUGGGAAGUGGUCGAAAAGGAAAAGCUACUAUUCGAAUUGGAUUGGCUACAAAGAAACCUGUAAAUAAUGGAAUUAAACACUCCCUUGGUAAAGAAUGCUAUGCUCCAGAACCUCUCCCACCUGGUGUCUCUGGUUUCCUGCCUUGGCGAACUGCAGAGCGUGCAAAAAGGAAUAGAGGUUUUCCAUUAAUCAAAACUCGGGAUGUAUGUAAUCAGUUGCAGCAAUCAGAUUUUCCUGUAACUGUGACAUUAGAGAGUCCUUCCUCCUCAGAUAUGGAAGAGGUUGAUGAUUCUUCAGAAAGUGUUCAACAAGAAUCUGAGAAAACCAAUUUAAAACAAGAAGUAUUACAGGAAAAAUUGGAGGAAUGCCUAAAGCAAUUAACGGAGGAAAGAGGAAUAAGACUUAAGGCUGAUAAAAGAGUCAGUGAGCUGGAACAUGAAAAUGCUCAGUUAAGAAAUAUAAAUUUCUCUUUGUCUGAAGCCCUGCAUGCACAGUCAUUAACAAGCAUGAUCCUGGAUGAUGAAGGUAUUUUGGGCAGCAUUGAGAAUUCUUUCCAGAAGUUCCAUGCAUUCCUGGAUCUCCUUAAAGAUGCUGGGCUUGGGCAGCUUGCCACAAUAGCUGGUAUAGAUCAGUCAGAUUUUCAUUUACUAGGUCAUCCCCAGAUGAAUUCUACUGUUGGUAGUCAACCUAAAGAAGAAAACAAGGCACUUGAGGAAGAAAAAGCAGAAUCAAAGCAGAAUGCGCUGGGACAAAUGCAAAAUAUCCAAGUUUCUAUUUGUAUGCAGUCAGCUUUCAAUGAAGGAACACUAAUGAAGUUUCAGAAAAUUACAGGUGAUGCUAGAAUUCCUUUGCCUCUUGACUCCUUCCCUGUCCCAACUGCUACUCAGGAGACUUUAGAAACUUCCAAUGACAACCUGAGAUUCCCAGUCACUGAGCAGCGGCUGGAGUCUGUCCAAGAAUUCAUUGCUAGAACAUGUUCUCCUUCAGCAGACAUGAUUUCUGGAAUUGGAAGUCAAAGAAAAGAAGAGGAGUUGUCUAGAAAUAGCAGAUCUUCUUCAGAGAAAUUGGCCAAAACAGAAUUCCAUUGAAAUGACUGGAGAAAUAGUAAAACAAAAAUAAAUAGUUGGAAAUCAGAAAAUGAACAAUGUGAGAUUUUUAGAAGACAGAAAGCAGAUUAUUGAAAGAUCAGUCAAUUAAAGAGUAGAACAACUAAGCCUUCCCACUUGCCUUGAAGUACUUAAUUCGGGAGUUUGCCACCAUGCUUUGGCUAAGAAAGCCUCUCUCCGAAGUGGGAGUUCUGACACAGGAAACAAUAGGACUGGAGAAUGAGGACAUUGUCCAACUUGACUACAAAGAGAAACUGAAGAUAAAACUGGCCACAAAUGUCUGGCUAUGGUGCCCUUCCAUUCCCUUUAUAAUCACCGGAGGUGCCUAUAAUCAAGAUUUGUGUUCAUUGAAAAUGAACCAGGAUUCUCAUUUGGUGAAGAAAAAGCAUUUCAAACUUUAAUCUUAGGUCCUCAACUAUAAACAUGAACAGCCAAGAAUCUUCAAAUUUGAAAAGAAAACACAGUAACAAAAGGAGACUCCAAAUUAAAAUAAAUUGAUUAGGGCCUCCCUGGUGGCGCAGGCGAUUGAGCGCCGCACUGUGAAGCCAUCCGCAGCCUCUUCAGCACAGGUUCGAUCCUGGCCGGCCAGGGAGAAUCCCACAUGGCGCAGCAGACCUCUCCUGUCUCACCCGCUGCUGCCCUCAGCAGUGUAUUUUGUCAGUCUGCCUGUUUUGUUCCCUGCUCUGUCUCUGGUGAAUCCUCUCCCCCCACACCUCUGGCCUGUACCCCAGUUCUUGUAUAAAUAAAUAAAUCUUUAAAAACAAACUGAUUAACCUAUUCACAAAAAUAGUUACUAAAGUAACAUUUUUAAAUGAAUACAGUUAAGAUCUUCAGCGAUUCAUAAGGAUAUUGCUUCCUUAAAGAAUGGGAUGCUAGGAAAAAGAAAUAGAGUUUCUGGAAAUUAAGAUGUGACCUGAAAAUAAAACAAGUUGAACUAGAUAGCAGGAUGGUUUCAGUUGAAGCUUAAAUUCAUGAAAUGGAAGUUUGAUUGAGGGAGUCCCCUUAAUAUGCACUGUAAAAUGAUGAAAGAUAAGUUAUAAAAAAGAAGAAUCCUAGAAGAACACAGCAGUUGGCAUAUAAUAAAUGCAUAAAUAAUGAAACCAUACCAAUAUCUAUGAGUGGCCAUACAAGUUUAUAGUAUUACAUUUCUCAGCAACUGGACAACUUAGAAGUCUUAGGAAUUACUAAGCAAACUGAACAAUGACUCCAUAAAAGAUUUUAAAUGAAAGAAAUAGAUGAUGCCAUGUUACCUGCCAUUCCUCUUUAUAAUCACUAGACAUUUAUAAUCAGAAGAAUUCCAAAUAACAUUAAUGCAUAUGUGAAGAGUGAAUUAAAAUUCUAGGUUUUAACAUGAAUAUAGGAUAUAAAAAGUGAAAGUAUGUUAGUAUCUUGAAUUAUUCCAGGAAAGAAUACAUUGUUUACCUCUAGGUGUUGAUAGAAACAUUUAAACUUAAAGAUAUAUGGGGAAAGGUUAGGUGAUGCCACAGCAACAACUUCCAAAUCAUAGUGACUUAAAACAACAGAUUUAUUUAUGCUCAUGUCAUAUACCUUUGGCAGAUUGGCUAGCGACCUCCACAUCACCCACAACCUGGUUGCUGGAGGAGUAUCACUAUUUGGAAAAUUGCUGGUUAUUCGUGUCCAAGGAAAAAGACUGCAACCUGCAUUAACUUAACAUGCCUGCCUCAGUGUAACAUUUGUCACUCCUGCAUUUGUUGUAUUGGCCAAAGAAGGUCAUAUGGCCAUGUCUAAGAGUCUGGCAGAACAGAGAAAUGCAGACUUACCAGGUGCAAAGGUAAGGAGAGAGAAGCAAAUAUGUCAACAACUUUAAUAUCUAGUAAACUACUAGAAAGGGGGAAUGGAAUUUAAAAAUCGAAUAGAAGGCAGGAAAAAACUGGAAGAAAAAAAGUAGCAGUCCCAGGUCUGGAUAUUUAUACCAGGAAGAUAACUCGUGUCAAUACAGACACCUGUACAUGGGUGCUUAUAGCAGCUCUAUUGAUAUUCACCAAUAUGACUUCCAACAGGUGAAUGGAAAAUGAAUGCUAAUGUACUUGCAAAAUGGAAUACUAAACAAUGAAAAGGAAUCAAAUAUUAAUACAUGUGAAUAUUAAUACAUGUAACAACUUGGAUGGAUCUCAAAGUCCUGUUGAGUGAGAAAAGCCAGUAUAUAUCUGUAAUCUCAAAAAGUCACAUACCUUAUGAUUCUGUUCAUAUGACAUUCUCAAAGAGAAAAAACUAUAGGUAAGCGGUGGCCAACUCUUGGUGUAGGGAGAGGCUGUGCAAAGGAGUUUUUUCAGUGAUGAAUUAUCCUGUAUCCCAACUGUGGUAGUAGAAAAAUAAGAGACAAAUGAGGGCCUCCCUGGUGGCGCAGCGGUUGAGCACUGCGUUGCAAGCUACCCGCAGCCUCUGCAGUGCCAGUUCACAUCCCCAGUCACCGGCGAGGGUCCCACAUGACGCACAGACCUCACCUACCGCCCGCUGCUCCCCUCAACAGUGUACUUCGUCCGAAUCCAUCUGCCCCUUCUGCUGCCUGCUCCGGCUCUGGUGAAUUCUCUCACCCUCCCGUGCUUCGGACUGUACCCAGUGCUUGUAUAAAAUAAAUAAAUAAAUAAA